UUGCGUCACUGAGGCUUUAAAGCUGGAGCAGAUGGAGGUUCUUCAGAGCACCUCACACCGGGAUAAAAUCUGGGAUUGAAACCCAAAACAAACCCGGAUCACAACACGGAAACUACCCUGAAUUCUCCGAGACCGGAUCGGAGCCGAACCCUGCAGUGGACCCUGGUUAAAGGCCGGUGAUAGGCAGUGCGUCCAGCGGACUUAGGACUCUUCGCUGAUCCGGUACCUUCCCCUCGGUUUUCUGUCUGUUAAACAUUAAUUUCUCGGGGUUCGAAUCCAGGUUCUGGUCCGUGUUCUCCCCGCUGAAGAGGGCUUUGACUCAAGUUCAGUUCCGGGCCGUGGGCCUGGUCUGAGCCCGGUUCUACUGCAGCUGCUCACGUUUGUUUUCAUCAGGAGGGAGCGGUCACUGCUGCUGGUAACGUCAUCACGACGUCAUCGUAAACUUAAAAAACACACAAUAGUGUGAGUGUCGGUGUCGUUAACGAAGUUAAGUCACACAGGUGAAGUUAGCAGAUGGCUGUGACCUGUCGUCAUGCUAACGGCUAUUACUCUGCUAUCACCGAACACGGCCGCGUUGUUAGACUGGCCCACGGUUUGGACACGGGAGCCAAGCUGUGGAUGGGUGGCUGUUACUGCUGUUUUACAGCAAGAAGGUCAGCAGUCCGAGUCCCGACGGUAACAGCAGGUCUUGAAGUUAAACGUCUGUCUUUCAAAAUGGCCGACACUGAAGUGUCUCUCUCUCCAGCUCUUCGUUCGCUCCAUCUCAGCCCCUCCCACUCAGCUGCUCCGCCUCCCUGUGUCUCCUCCCCCACUACCUUCUCCUGCCCCUCCUCACCCUCCAGCGCUUCUUCCUCGUCCUCCUCCUCCUACUCCGACAGCUCCUCCGACUGCCCCGCCCACCACUACCAUCAUCAUCAUCGUCAUCAUCAGCCCCGCCCACAGCUGCCUCCACCCUCCCCAGGUGAACAGCAUUCCUCGCCCAGCGCUAGCCCACGCAGCUCCAGCCCUAGCGGUAGCAUCAGCAGCAGCCGCAGCAUCGGCAGCAGCAGCAGUGAGGGCGGGGCCAAUGAGGGGGACGUCUGUGAGGGCGGGGCCAUCUCCAGUGAUGGUGGGCAGCGAGGCCAGAGUUCCCCCGUGGACACUGUCUCAGUGGACGCCAUGGAGGUGGAGUUUGGAGGUGACCAAGUGAUUGACCCAGAGGUGGCGCUGAAGGCAUGUCAAGAAGUUCUGCUCAAAGUCAAGUUGCAGCACAGCCCGAUCUCCGAACUACAACAACAGGAACUGGAGACUCAACGUGGGGGUGGCAGCUCCAGCCUGGGCGCCGCGUGGUCGUCUGUCGCCGAGACGAGUUCCAUCAAAGAAGAAGACGAGGAGGAGAGUGGACGACAACCGGCGCCGCCUCCUUCUGUCCCGCUCCCGUCUUCAUCGACAUCGGCAUCAUCCAAGCAAUCGUGGCUUCUGCGUCUGUUCGAGUCAAAGCUGUUCGACGUGUCGAUGGCGAUCUCCUACCUGUACAAGUCGAAGGAGGCCGGCGUCCAGGCCUACAUCGGAAACAGACUUUUCAGCUUCACCGACUCCGAGGUGGACUUUUACCUGCCGCAGCUGCUCAGUAUGUACGUGCACAUGGACACGGAGGUGGGACAGGCCAUCAGACCCUACCUGCUUCACCGCUGCAGACGCAGCAUCACCUUCUCCCUGCUCUCAGCCUGGCUGUUGGGGGCGCUGUCUUCAGACAUGCACAUCUCCACGCAGCGUCACUCCCGGGGAACCAAACUGAGGAAACUCAUCCUAUCAGAGCAACUGAAACCUGACUCCACGCAGCUGUUCGCUGACAGCCCAACGUCCUCGCCGUCCUGCCACCGCCGGCACCACAGCACCAACCUGGACACGGGUAACUCCCCCCUCAGGGAUGGUCCUGCGGCGGACGUGGACAACCGCACGUCCCCGUCCACACGGACACAUCAAAGGUCCAAGUCUGACGCCACCACAGCAGGAAGUACCGGCAGUGGCCUGAGGCGGACGGGAAGUAACCCCAGGGUGGAGGCGUCUCAUCAGGAGCCAGAGCGUCUCCGUCCUCAGCGGGAGUUUGUCAAAUCACUGCUCUGCAUCGGAAAGCGUUUGGCCACACUGCCGACCAAGGAGCAGAAAACACAGCGCCUCAUCUCCGAACUUUCCCUGCUCAACCACAAGCUGCCAGCGCGAGUGUGGCUGCCGACGGCGGAGACCCAGCACCACGUCUGCCGGAUCCCCAACACGCAGGCUGUGGUCCUCAACUCCAAGGACAAGGCGCCGUACAUCAUCUACGUGGAGGUUCUAGAGUGUCACAGCUUUGAGACCUCGCUCGUUCCCGCCAGAAUUCCAGAGACCAGGAUCCGUUCUGCGUGUUCGGCUGACAACCUGGACUGCAGCACUGGCGGGGGAGUUCUUGUCGGCAACGCAAACUCGACGGUGUCUGAACAUCAAGCGGGAAGUUUCUGCACGGUGCCAAACUACGACAACGACGACGAGGCCUGGGCGACCGAUGACAUCGGAGACCUGCAGGUGGAGGGUGAAACUCAGAACAGCAGCGACAACAUCAGUCAGUUCUCAGUGGACAGCAUCACCAGCCUGGAGAGUAAAGAACCCGUUUUUAUUGCAGCAGGAGACAUCAGACGUCGGCUGUCAGAGAAUCUGGCCCAGACUCCGACAUCUUUCAGGAGAGACCCUGAAGAUCCAUCUGCAGUUGCCCUCAAGGAGCCAUGGGAGGAGAAAGUCAGACGGAUCAGAGAAGCCUCUCCCUACGGUCACCUCCCAAACUGGAAGCUGCUGUCCGUCAUCGUCAAGUGUGGAGACGACCUGAGGCAGGAGCUGCUGGCCUAUCAGGUGCUGAGGCAGCUGCAGAUGAUCUGGCAGGUGUGUCACGUUCCUCUGUGGAUCAAACCCUACAAGAUCCUGGUGAUGUCAUCGGACAGUGGGAUGAUCGAGCCGGUCCUCAACGCCGUCUCCCUGCACCAGGUGCGUAAACAGAGCCAGAUGUCUCUGCUGGACUUCUUCCUGCAGGAACAUGGAAGCUACACCACGGAGGGUUUCCUGUCGGCCCAGAGGAACUUUGUCCAGAGCUGCGCCGGAUACAGUCUGAUCUGCUACCUGCUGCAGGUCAAAGACAGACACAACGGGAACAUCCUGCUGGACUCUGAAGGCCACAUCAUUCACAUCGACUUCGGCUUCAUUCUCUCCAGUUCUCCACGGAAUCUGGGGUUUGAGACGUCAGCCUUUAAACUCACUUCAGAGUUUGUGGACGUAAUGGGGGGUCUGGAUGGAGACAUGUUCAUCUACUACAAGAUGCUGAUGCUGCAGGGUCUGAUCACCGCCAGGAAACACAUGGAGAAGGUGCUGCAGAUAGUGGAGAUCAUGCAGCAAGGCUCCCCACUCCCCUGUUUCCAUGGCAGCAGUACCAUCCGCGGCCUGAAGGAGCGCUUUCACAUGAGUCUGACGGAGGAGCAGCUGCAGCUGCUGGUGGAGCAGCUGGUCGAUGGCUCCAUGCGCUCCAUCACCACCAAACUGUACGACUCCUUCCAGUAUGUCACCAAUGGAAUCAUGUGACCACCGGGGCUGACGGCCGCAUCACCAGUCCAGUCGACCGGGAUUAAUCUGAGCUAACUGACGGACAGUAAACGCACCAUCUCUGAAGAUCAACCCGGUGAGAGAUAAACGCAGCUGUUUUAAACUUUUAUUCCAAUAUAAGUUUACACAAAAAGGUCUUUGCUUCAUUUACCAGCCAUAGUUUUAAAGAACUGAAAAGACGGAAAAAAAUAUUUUUGGAAAAAAAAAAGUCUCGUACUUGUUUUUAACACUAACGUCCACCGGAGAUCGUGUUGUUUCACUUACGUUUAAAAAAAGGUCACGUUGGGACUAAAGUUCUUUAACUUUGAUGUUUAGCGUUAAAUUGAACCUACAUAAAAUUAUAUUUUUACAAGAGCGCCUCUUUGUGUGGAACACGAACGUCGGUGUUUAACUGUUUGACCACAGCGGGGUUAGCGGAGCCUCCGAUAAGAAAGGCUAAAAGUUCGGAACCGUGGUUGAAACUGAAGUUCAAAGCUAACGUCAGUUAGCUAGCCUAAGAGUGGUACAAACUUCGUAGUGUGUAUAGUUAAUUCAAUAUUGUUUAUUUUUGCUUAAACACCUGAAGUACAUGUGUUUAAACACUAGGGGCAAUAUGUAAAAAUGAAAUUGACGGAAAUUCAACGUUUUAAAACUAAUUUUAAAUCGUAAACACUGUUUCCUGUAAAAAUGUAAACAUUUCUGUUAGUAAUUUAAGCAUAGCAUCGAUUUUAUUCUAAAACUGUUUGGUGAAUGACUAACUUUUAACAGUUGAAACGAACCCAAAUGGUGCAUAUAUUUCAAAAGAUAUUUCGCAAUAUUUCAGUCUAGGUCACGUGACUGUAAAAAUGGUCAGAGGCUCAUUUCAAAAGAAGCGAUGAAGAAAAAAACGCUACUUUAGGCUUUUUUUUUUUUCAGAGAAGGUGCGAUUCCUCAUCGUUAACGUUGUCGUCGUGUCCUGUGUUUCCUGAAGAUGUGAAUGUUUUUCCACUAAAACCUUUUCACGUAAACCGACGUUUUCUUGCCAUUGACGAGAAACAAAAUGCUAAUACUUGUUACCAGGUUUUUGUUAAUGAUGCUAACUUUGUGAGUUAGCUGUUUGCUAGUCCACGUGAGUCCAUGUUCAUUCAUCAAAAGUGUAUUAAGUAAAAUUUAGCUUUGCCUUUGCUACAUUGCUAAUUCCAUAUUGUUAGCUAACGCUGAGAUCCUGUCAUGCCGACUUACAAAACUUUUACUUUAUUUUUUAUUUCUAUUUUAAGUGACACAAUACAUAAGUUAAUAUACUAUCACUAAGAACCACAAAACGGUACCAGGAAGUUUUUCUACCAUUGGUCCCAGUAUGAAGACCCAUUCUGCUGCGGUAGAACCGAUCUCUAACGUUCUCUGUAGUUUUCCUUGUGACCACUAAUGAAGAAGCACAGUAAUCACUAAGCCGCCUGCUAACUGUUAGCCUGACUCAAAUGUUGACGUAAAGAAGUUUUUCUUCUUUUUAUUGUGAAUAUGUACGUAUGUAAAAGAAGUUUAUUUUUCCUGUUACAGAGAGCAGCUGCCUUGAGAUUAAAAUGAUAAAAAAAAAAACAAGAACGUUUCAAUGCAAAACAGACGAACAAAGUCGUUCGGGUCCAAACUUUUCUACGAGUCUCCAGACUGGUUUUCGACUUGUCGUCUUUAAAGUUUUUAAUUUACCAAUAACAACACAAAAACUAUCAUUAGCUAAAACGCCGUUUGUGAUGUUAUUUGCUGUUUAACGUCCAACGUUUUUACUGUUUUGAGUGAACUAAAAGGAUUAUUUGGAAAAGCACUCUUAACGAAUAACAAGACGACAACAUCGCAACUUUCUUUGCCUUUCUUUUCUUCGUGGCUUUGAUCUUUCAAAAAGUGCCUGAACGCUAAAUGUUUGUUAUGACGGAAUAUCAGGUCCACAGAGGCGGGAAGUCCGGAAAAACCAGACUGAAGUUGUCGGUUUAUGAGAAUAAAAAAAAUGUACGUUUACAAGUCGUAAUGUUCACAGAGAAAGCUGUUACGAUUUUUUUUCUCAAACUUUAUUCCUGUAACGUACGACUUUCUCCUAACAAGACUUUUAUUCUCAUAAACAACAGAUUUCUGGAUGUAAAUGUUCAACUUUAUUUUAGUGAUUUUCAUCGUUUACGUUAUUCCUGUAAAUUCAUCACUUUUUUCUUUUAAUAUCAUUUUUGUAAACGUAUUCACCUUUUUUUUUUUUUUUUUGUGGCCUAAUACUCGGUCGUCAUUUCUGAACACUUGGCUUGUCUUAAUAUGAAAAUGUUUAAACCAACCCAACAUGUAUUCCGGGUUUCAUCUCCAGAACUGGUCUCUGACUCGAUAGAGAAAGAAUACGAAUCGUCAUCGACUGAAUUUAACGUAACUGUUAAUAAAAGAAAUUCAAACACG